CUCUUUGGAAUUUUGGGAAAAUCCCUUAAUACUUUAAUUAGAAUUCUACCAUAGCCGUAAUUAAGCAAUUGACGUCAUUCAAUCUGAUUGCAUUUGUUCGAGAUUGGUAACAAUGAGACUGGGCUCAGGGCGACGACCCGACAGUAAACUUUCCAAUGGUUUCUGUCCCGUGGUUUGCUACACAAAGACCCUGUUCUUCGGAUAAGAUGAUUGCCAGAUGUCGAUACAUCUUCACAGUAUACAUUUUCAGCUAGCCUAAGUACCUGCUAUAGAUCUUAGGAUUUACUAAAUAAGGUCCUUUAAACGGACAAACAUUCUUUGCUUAACAGUCCUUAAAUCUAUUGUCUACUACGAAAAGGCACAGAAAAUUUAGCAGCUUUCUUUCAAGGGCGAUUAGCAUCCUUCUUCAACCACCAACAUAGAAAGUAACCAAUUAGCAGCUACGUCCAUUUCCCUCACUUUCCGAACAAAGGCUUUCCUCGACGAAUCAGAUGAUUUCGUAUCCUUAGACACACCCAUCAUAGUUUUCACCUGCAACAUCAUCGUGACGGAAAGACAUUCGUUAGACGGCAGUCAGAUUCGAUAGUUGGUAGCAAGUUCAGUUACAUUUUGACUGUGGACAAGUGAGUUCAGUUCUACUUAGACUUUGGAAGAAAACGCAUUUGCUAUCCCGUGGACCGUAUACUCGUUAUACAAGUUCUAUGAUAAUCAUAUUUAUACUAUUAACUAUCAUCUAUAUCGUGUACUAAAAAAUGGCUAGUCCAAGUGAAAGUAUAUUAAACACGCCUAACUCCACUGUUAACUCGACAUUACAAGUGAGACCAGUUAUAACAGUGGAAGAGUCUAUAACUAUAAUACGCGAGUUGAUCCAGUCGUUCAUGCUAGACUCAACUCCAGAAUCUAAAAAUAUAUGGCUACCGUAUUUUAAUCCUGAAAUCGCGGGAGCUGAUCCAGCUGUAUGGUGCGCAGUAGCCAACCGGCUUAUGGAGGAACACCCUUUACAAGAUGGCGCGUUGUACUCCGUUUUAAGUCGUGCUCUAGAGGGUUCUGCAGGACAGUGGCUUAAGAAAAUAAUGGUCGAUGAAUUGGAUAUUACUUGGCCGAGAUUUAAAGAACUUUUCACUAUGCGUUUUGGUGGAAACGAGACAGCAACCUGGGCGCUAAUGAAGAUAAUGAGGGAACAACCACUGAAGGGCGAAAACAUCUGGUCUUUUGGUCUUCGUCUCCGUUGUAUGCUGAAGACGAGGUGGCAAAACUUGACUAUUCCUGAAAUAAUCAAUGCUUGCGUUCUUGCUCGGCUAACAUCAGAAGAUGAGCGUAUUGAACGGAUUGCACUCAGUAAAUGCAUCAAGACCGAGGACGAGUUUCAGAAUGAAAUGAAAGAAUUCUCUUACUCCUGGCCGGUGCCUUCGUCAAAUACUUCAUCAGCGAGCCCUGAAGUUAAACGACACAAUCGAUCUCGCUCCCGGAUUAAGUGCUUCUAUUGUGGUAUCGCCGGACAUACAAUAUCAGUGUGCCAUAAAAGAAUAAAUAUUAAGAAACAGAAUAAAAUGCGAAGACGAAAAGGAAAUCAACUAGACGAAUCGUGUUAUUUCAAGUGUCAUGGGGAGAACCAUGCCGUGAGUAAUUGUCCGUUAUUCCGGAAAAGAGAAGAUAAUUCCAACAACGAACGUCGAGUCGACUCCCGCGUGAUGGAAGCUGGUACGUUAAGUCAUAUAGAUACAACCGAGGACUUGUGAUUGACAGGAUGGCCAAAACCAUUGUUAAAAACAGAGAAGAGAGCAUGCUCUACUCGUACCAGUUUCACCGGCGAUUUUUCAAAUCAGAUUUCCAGAAACAAGUUGGUCACACGAAAGCACGCCUACCCGACCAGAGACUAUGCCAACCUGCCCGGCCCUGCCUACUUAUAGUUAACAGACACACCAGAAGAUAUACUACCUAUCCUACCUAGCGCUAUAUUUAAAAAAUGGCAAAACAUGCACACCAACACACUCGCUCCACGGUUCUCACAGAAACACUCGGGCGCAAAGGUCCUACACUAGAGAGGACGUCCCGGGACGCCUCCGACACCCGAGCUUAACACACAGCAUGCACACUCUAAUGUUACGUAACAUUUUCCUAAAAUCGACUAACGAAGGCUAGCCAUCAUUGCGUACAAUGCGAUAAAUGUUAAUGUCAAUUUUAAUUACAAAUAUUCAUACUUCAAAAAGUGUGUUUAUAUUUCAAAGCAAUUGUAAAUAGUACUAAAUGUAGUACCACUUAUUAUAA